CCUGAAGCCCCCCUCUACAUCCCCCCCCUAGGGGCCACACCCUGAAGGCCCCCUUUACAUCCCCCCCUAGGGGCCACACCCUGAAGCCCCCCUCUAACCCCCCCCAGUCAACUAAAUAGCGAGUUUGUCUGAGGUACCUGUCAACUGGAGACUCGUACAGGUCCAUAGCCUUCAGCUACAGGGUGGGGUUCUGCACUGUGGCGUGGAUCGUGAAGAGUGUGUGUGAGGCCAUAUGGCAGUGUAUGGUCUCCACGUACAUGCCUGUGCCAGGGGCAGAGGACUGGAUGAAGAUAGCGGGGGACUAUGAGAAGCUGGCGGACUUCCCCAACUGCCUCAGCGCCAUAGACGGUAAACAUGUGGUGAUCCAGGCCCCACCGUCAACUGGCAGCCAGUACUUCAAUUAUAAGGGGGCAUUCUCCAUCGUCCUUCUGGCGGUGGUGGAUGCCCGCUAUAGAUUUAGGGUCGUGGAUGUGGGGGCCUACGGCAGGAGCAGUGAUGGAGGCACGCUCUCGUCUUCGGCCUUUGGCACUGCUCUGCGGCUGGGGAACCUGGACCUUCCACCUGAUCGACCCCUACCUGGAGCAGGCCAUCUGGGACCCCAGCCGCAUGUUUUCAUUGGGGAUGAAGCUUUUCCUCUGCGGAGGAACCUCCUGCGGCCCUACCCUGGCCAAAACCUGGGGGGAGAGCGGAGGAGCUUCAAUUUUCAGCUGUCCCAUGGCCGGAGGAUUGUGGAGUGCGCCUUUGGCAGCCUCGCCAACCAGUGGAGGCUCUACAGGAGUGUUCUCGGUGUGUCGCCAGAGGUUGCAGAGAGCGCCGUGAAAGCCACCUGUAUCCUCCACAACUACAUGCGUUGGGAUGGUGAGGGAGAGGAUGGCCCCCGCACUCCAACUGUGCCAUCACAGGGUGCAGAGCAUCCCCAGGGUCGGCAGCAACAACGCCUCCAGGGAAGUGGUCGCAGUGAGGGAGACCUUCAACCGCUAUUUCUCAUCUCUGCCUGGUCGAAUGACUUGGCAGGAUGGAAUUUAGUUUAUCAUUUUUUUAUAUAUUUAAAUCAAAAAAGGCGAAAAACCAAAACUAAUAAUUAA